AAAGCUUUGAUCGUAAAAUGGAAAACCCAGCGACAUUAAAUGUUAUAUAUUUAUGUUCAUAUCGAUUAAGUGACCGGAAUAGUAGCUAAGUUCCUACGUAUCUUCUAUUUGUCAACUUAACGUGUCUUUUUGUGGUAAUUUUAUUUGAAAUGAUCUUAAAGCACUAAACAAGAAGAGUCAACAUAGCGAAAUUUUAUCCAUUAUAAAGAGAACCAACCUUGCUUCUCCACAAACUCAUCACUCAUCAACAAUCCUCUCUCUCUCUAUCAUCAACACACAAAGUUAUGGAGCACAACAAGAUUGAUACAGAGCUUCAAAAUUCAUACAAUGAUCAACAGAAAUGGGUUCUUGAUUCUUCUCUCGAUAGUAGAGGAGAGAUUCCUGUUCGGGCUAGAACCGGAGCUUGGAGGGCUGCACUCUUCAUCAUUGCAAUCGAGUUCAGUGAGAGGCUAAGUUAUUUUGGGAUCGCUACGAGCUUAGUGGUCUACUUUACGACCAUUCUUCACCAAGAUCUUAAGAUGGCUGUAAGAAAUGCAAACUACUGGUCCGGUGUCACUACUUUGAUGCCUCUUCUUGGAGGCUUCGUCGCCGAUGCUUAUCUUGGCCGUUAUGCCACUGUCCUACUUGCAACCAUCAUCUACCUUAUGGGUUUGAUUCUGUUAACAUUAUCUUGGUUUAUACCGGGAUUGAAACCUUGUCAUGAAGAAAUGUGUGUUGAGCCAACGAAAGCCCACGAAAUAGCCUUCUUCAUUGCAAUCUACUUGAUAUCCAUAGGCACAGGAGGUCAUAAGCCAUCCCUUGAGAGCUUUGGAGCUGAUCAAUUCGAAGAUGACCAUCCUGAAGAACGUAAGAUGAAAAUGUCUUACUUUAACUGGUGGAGCGCUGGUCUUUGCGCUGGUGUUUUAACCGCGGUGACUGUCAUCGUCUAUAUUGAAGACCGGAUUAGUUGGGGUGUGGCUGGUAUCAUACUCACCGUAGUCAUGGCUACAUCACUUUUGAUCUUUCUUAUUGGUACACCGUUCUAUCGUUAUCGAGCACCUUCGGGUAGCCCGCUGACCCCGAUGUUGCAAGUCUUUGUCGCUGCCAUUGCCAAAAGACAUCUUCCUCAUCCCAGUGAUACUUCUCUUUUUCAUGAGUUGUCUAGAAACGAGUAUACAAAAGGACGGCUUCUUUCCAGCUCAAAUAAUCUUAAAUUUCUAGACAAAGCAGCCAUUAUCAAAAACCGAGGAUGUGAAAAUGUUAUGGACGAGAAGGAGAGUCCUUGGAAACUCGCAACGGUAACAAAAGUAGAAGAACUGAAGCUACUCAUCAAUAUGAUUCCAAUCUGGUUCUUUACAUUAGCCUUUGGCAUAUGCGCCACUCAAAGCUCCACAUUUUUCAUCAAACAAGCCAUUGUCAUGGACCGGCACAUCGGUCACAACUUCAUAGUUCCUCCAUCAUCCAUGUUUUCCCUCGUAGCUCUCUCCAUGAUUAUCUCCUUAACAGUCUACGAGAGACUCCUCGUGCCUAUUUUAAGACGCGUCACAAGAAACGAAAGAGGUAUUAGCAUUCUAAAAAGAAUAGGAAUCGGUAUGGUUUUCUCCUUAAUAGCCAUGAUCAUUGCUGCUUUAACUGAGCGAAAAAGAUUGGACUAUACAAAGCACCAUCACAUGGUCAUGAGUGCUCUAUGGUUAGCUCCUCAAUUCAUAGUUAUAGGUAUAGCGGACGCACUUACCCUUGUGGGUCUUCAAGAGUAUUUCUACGACCAAGUCCCUGAUUCAAUGAGAAGUUUAGGCAUAGCUUUUUACCUUAGUGUGAUUGGAGCGGCUAGCUUUGUCAAUAAUCUUUUGAUGACGGUUAGUGAUCGUCUGGCUGAGGCAAUCUCUGGGAAGAGCUGGUUUGGUAAAGACCUUAAUAGCAGCCGCUUGGACCGUUUUUACUGGAUGCUAGCCGCUUUGACCGCUGUAAAUAUAUGCUUCUUUGUGAUUGUAGCCAAAAGAUAUACUUACAAGAGUGUUCAAUCAAGUGUGGCUGUUGCUGACGGUGGCGAUGACGUCGAGAUGGCAUUGGUGGCUAAUACUUCAAAGUAUACUUAACAUCUCUAUUGGUCACCCUUUUAUGUUAUUUUUGUUUUUCUGUUGUUGAAAAGUUUGGUGUUCUUAUUUUAGUAAAAGUAAAACCAUUCAAAUCUAGUCUAUAUCUACCUAUCUAUCUAUAAUAAUAAAGUUGGGUUAUGUUCUC